AUGGUCGCCCUCGGUGCCAUCGUCACCCUCGUCCUCGCGCUUCCCGCUCUUGCGGCCCCCACCGCCCGCGGCAAGCCCGCCAAGUGCCCCGAGGUGGCGCCACCGACCGUCGUGCUCGACGGCAACCGCCUCCUCGCGACCAAGAAGGAGGUUAUCGGCCUCACGCUCAAGUGCAACAACGGCAACGGCAACGGUAACGGCAAUGGCAACUGCAAGAACAAGCCCGACCCCAAGGGCCUCGUCCCCGAGCUGAGCCACCUCGUCUCGCAGGCCAACAGCUGGCUGCCCCGCGGCCCGUGGACCGUGACCGCCAAGACGAUGGACGUGCCCGGCGGCACCAAGAACGACUAUGCGUCCCAGGCGCCAUACUGGUGGGCGAGCAACUGGCAGAACCCCUCGACCGGCAACAAGUGCCCAUACAUCCAGCGCGACGGCAUCCGUAACCCCGAGGUCGACAACUACACCGACCGCCUCGACGGCGUGCGCAUGAUGACCGCCUCGUACCAGCUUGCCCUGGCCUGGUGGUACACCGAGGACGCCAAGUACCGCCAGAAGGCGGGAGAGGUGCUCCGCGAGUGGUUCGUCAAGCCCGAGACGGCCAUGACCCCCAACCUUGCGCACGCGCAGAUCAUCCCCUGCAAGAACAACGGUCGUGCCAUCGGCAUCAUCGACUUUUCCCAGCAGUACACUGCCGUGCUUGACGCCGCGGCCAUCCUCGGCACCAAGAAGGACGCUGCGUGGAGCCAAGCCGACGAGGACGCCUUCAAGGCGUGGAACGCGGCUUACCUCACGUGGCUCACCGACUCUGCGUUCGGCAAGGAGGAGCUCGCUGCCAAGAACAACCACGGCACCUUUGCUGGUAUGCAGAUUGCCGGUAUUGCCUCCUUCCUCGGAAAGUACGACCUCGCGCGCCAGGCUCUCAACGACCAGCUCCCCCGUAUGGAUCUGUACAUCUCGGCCAACGGCAGCCAGCCGCUCGAGACGAUCCGCCCCACGUCGUUCCACUACUCGACGUUCACGCUCAUCGCCUACACCCGCAUGGCGCUCAUCGGCGCCAACAAGAAGGUCAAUGUCGACGUCUGGGGCCACAAGACGCCCAACGGUGCCGGCAUCGCCAAGGCCAUCGAGUACAUCAUCCCUGCUGCCGUCGACGGCCAGUCCAAGUGGCCCCACCAGGAGACGCACUUUGACCGCUUCGCCGCGUACGACAUUGUCAACUACGCCGCCGACCAGGGCCUCCAGGCUGCCAAGGCCGCUGUGAGCAAGCUCGAGCAGCCCCCCGGAGGCGGUCUCUGGCAGCUCCGCCCUGCACCCGAGCAGCUCGACUCGAUUGUCGGCGUCCUCUAA